AUGGAAGACUUUGACCAGAGUUCUGCUGCUGAGAUCAUCAAAGAUCGUCUGUAUUUCUCGGCUCUGAGGUCGAAGCCCAAGAACACGGCUCUGACUCACUUCUUCAGCUCAGACGAGGAGUUUGUCUACGAGAGUUUUUACUGUGACUUCGGGCCCCUGAACCUGGCCGCUCUGUUCCGCUACUGCACCAAACUGCACAAGAGGCUGAAGUCUUUGACCACGUCCAAGAAGAAGUUGGUGCACUUCACGAGCCUCGACCCCAAGAAACGAGCCAACGCGGCCGUGCUGCUGGGGGCCUACGCGGUCAUUUAUCUGAAGCGAGGCCCAGACGAGGUCCACAGGAGUCUGCUCUGUGCCAACAACUCUCCUUUCAUCUGCUUCAGAGACGCAGCUGUGGGCGACUGCGGCUUCGACCUCACGGUGCUCGACUGUUUACGAGGAAUACACAAGGCGGUGCAGCUCGGCUUCCUGGACUUUGACAAGUUUAACAUGACGGACUAUGAGCACUACGAGAGGGUGGAGAACGGGGACCUGAACUGGAUCAUUCCUGGUAAAAUCCUGGCCUUCAGCAGUCCGCACCAUCGCAGGAGGAUGGACAACGGUUACCCGCUGCACUCGCCCGAGGACUACAUCCCGUUCUUCCGUCAUCACGGCGUCUCAGACGUGGUGCGGCUCAACACGAAGCUUUACGCCGCGCAGCGGUUUGAGAGCGCCGGCUUCUCACACCACGAGCUCUUCUUCUCUGACGGCUCCGCCCCCUCGGACCUCAUCCUGCGCAGGUUUCUGCACGUGUGCGAGAGCGCCCCCGGAGCCGUGGCCGUGCACUGCAAAGCGGGGCUGGGCAGGACGGGCACUCUGAUUGGAUGUUACCUGAUGAAACACUUUAGCUUCAGUGCGGCGGAGGCCAUCGCCUGGUUGAGGGUGUGUCGGCCCGGAUCAGUGAUCGGACCUCAGCAGAACUUCCUCCUGGAGAAGCAGCGGUCCUUGUGGGUUCAGGGAGAAGUGUUUCGCUCCAAACAGAGGCAGCAGGAGAAGAGACAGAUCAGGAAGCAGCAGCUGAGACAAGACAGCGGCGCGGCCAAUCACAGCGCAGCCACAGAGCACAUGUCCCGCCUCCUCCCCGCAGUGGACCACCUGUCAAUCAGCGACGGCCUGCACAAGUCCAACAGCUACCACGAGACGUGUGAAGACAGCGGCGUCUCUCAGGGCGACAGACUCUGUGCUCUGAAGGGAGAGCGCCCACGACAUCACAGCAGCAGCAGCAGAGACGCUGGUCUGAGGCUGAACGGAUCCACAGAGUCCAGCUCCAUCCUCCCUCUGGUCAAGUCCAAAACCCUUCUGCCCUUCUCCUCCUCCAGGACGGUCCGACACCUGUCCCCCGCUCACAUCAGGAGCCCCUUCAGCCUCUUCAGCGGCCGCCCCACACUGACCUGCUAA